AGCAUCAAUACAAUCACCCUGCCAUCCACAACGCAUCGUACCAUCCUCACCACACUCCAAUGCGCUGCGCGCGAUGCCUUCUUUCUCGAACGCUGGUACCAGUUGCUCACCUCACUUGAUAAAAAGAAUGUUCCUGCGCCGCCGCCUGUAGCCUACCUAGGCAGGCACGCGCUCUGAGUUCUGACUUCUGAGUUCUGACGGGCCAGCAGAGAAGCAGGCACUCUACCUCUCCUUCAUCCGUUGAUGGCGAGCGCGAGGGCGAGGCAUGCGCGGACGACAUGGUGCAGACACUGCGGCGCGUCCCUGUCGGCUGCGGCGAGCGCGCGCUCCGUCCGGUGCGCUCUCUGCCACGCCGAGACCCGCGUGGAGCGCCGGCCGCAGCACCAGGGCGGCCUGCACCAGGCCAUGGGCUUCAUCAAGGGUCUCUUCAACAACGCCUUCGGUUCCGCCUCCGCGACGUCGCAGCCGCCGCCCUCGUCCUCCGAGUCCAUGCGCGCCGGCGACGCGUACGGGCUGCCGGCCAGCUACCCGCGCGACCGGAGCAGCAAGAAGCGCGCGCUCCUCGUCGGCAUCAGCUACGCCUUCACCAAGUACGAGCUCAAGGGCAGCGUCAACGACGUCAACUGCAUGCGCUACCUGCUCCGCGACAAGUUCAACUUCCCCACCGACUGCAUCCUCACCCUUACACGUACGUAGUAUCGGAUGAGAAGGACCCGUACCGGGUGCCGACCAAGGACAACCUCCGGCUGGCCAUGCGGUGGCUGGUGGAGGGCUGCACCUCCGGCGACUCCCUGGUGUUCCACUUCUCUGGCCACGGUGUGCAGAAGCUGGAUAACAACGGCGACGAGAUGGACGGCUACGACGAGGCGCUCUGCCCACAGGACUUUGAGGACCGCGGCGUGAUCCUUGACGACGAGAUCAAUGAGACCAUCGUCCGGCCUUUGGGCCCGGGCGUCAAGCUCCACGCCAUCAUCGACACCUGCCACAGCGGCACCAUCCUCGACCUCCCCUACCUCUGCCGAAUAUCCAGAACUGGCUACUGGCAAUGGGAGAGCCAGGCACGUCAGCAGGAGACGCCGAAAGGCACGAACGGCGGCAUCGCCAUCUCGUUCAGCGGCUGCGGCGACAGCCAGAACUCGGCAGACACCACGUCCUUCUCCGGCUCCGCCUCGACCGGCGCCAUGACGUACAGCUUCAUCAAGGCGGUGUUGUCGGAGCCGGGCCCCACAUACGGCCGCUUGCUCAGCGCCAUGCGGGCCACGAUCCGCGACAACGGCGGCGAGUGUGGCAUCCCUGGACCCAUCGGCUCCUUCUUCCGCCGGGUCAUCACCUUCAGCUGCGCACAGGAGCCACAACUGUGCGCGUCCGAGACAUUUGACAUCUACAGAAAGCCAUUUCUCUUGUAGUUAAAACAGAGAGCUCUAAAACAGAAGCAUAUUACUGUACAUCUCUGAUUGGCCAACGCCGUGAAGGCACUGUCUUCCGGCGCCGUGCUGGUGGAGCCGCUCGGCUCGACACCAAUGCUGUGUGCACGCCGCACCUCGCGCGCGUAUGUGUCUUGGUCCAUUUCAAAUUCAAUACAGAGUCUGAUUUGGUUUUUCUGGAGCAAAUUAAAUCCCAAGGUCUUCAUUAUGUGCAUCCGAAGGAAGCCUUAAGCAUUUUCUUCACAAAAGGAGGGAAAAUACA